GCAACCCUCGGCUCGGCAACCCUCGGCAACCCUCGGCAACCCUCGGCUCGGUUCGGAGACAGCAGCAUCAGCAUCAGCAGCAACAGCACCAGCAUCAGCAGCACCAGCAGCAACAUCAGCAGCACUAGCUCGGCAAGCGCGACACAAUGUCGUCCGGGCAAUGGUGGGACGAGAGCUGGCGUGCUCCGAGGCGUGGCCCUGCGUGGGAUCGGCGGCAGGAGGGCUUCCAGAGGCGGCAGGACGAGCGGAUGGAGCAGGUACGCCAGAUCGCGUCCCUCACCGAGCAGGUGGCGCAGCAGAACGCGGACAUCCACGCGAUGGCCACCGAGCUGACGGUGGGGAGGCUCAAGAUCGCGGAGCUGCAGAAGGAGCUCGACAAGGCAAACACGCCGAAGAGGGCGCGGAAGGAGCUCGACAAGGUGCCUCAGGCGGACACCUCGAACAAGACGCGGAAGGAGAAGUAGACCUAGGCCUGUGGCCAUCUGAGGAGCAUUGGUGGCCCGUCGUCCAUUUUUUUGC